AUGGCCAAGAUUCCGGCGCUUGUUGGCUUGCUUGGUUUGCUCAUAACAGCGGGCUUGGCUCAAAUCCAGCAAGACCCGUACUUGGUCUUGGAGCGCCGCUGCGAGGUCGAAGUCAGCGACGAUCAUCCAGAUUUUGGCUCGGACAAUGGAAUCCUCUUUUUCGAGCCAGGUCAAUGUGCCUUCCUCAUCGAGGGGUUUAUGAACUACCAAUGCCUCAACAAUGGCAGUGUCCUCCUCACCUUCUAUUCAAGCAGCGAUUGCAUAGGGCCUUCCUAUCAGUAUAUGCUGCAGCCCGAUGACUGCCUGCUCUACUUUGUGCCAGAGUGUGUGUAUAAGCUGCCCGAGAGCGUGGGUGCGAUCACCUCUUACUACAAUGAUGAUCAGUGUACGAGCUCCGCCUUUUUUACCACUAUGCAUCGAACCAUCUGCGACCAGAGCAUUAGCCUUGGUGGACUCCAGGGCAUCAACAUCGCUUACGAGUGUGGUCAUGGCGAACAAGCCGACGAAAUUGCGGGGGAAUGUCUUACUUAUCCAAGCCUCUAUGUCUUUUCCAAGAUUACUGCGUUGUGCUUGGACAAUGCUGUCGUGCUCACCGCCUUCACCGAUGAUUGUGAGAGCAUCAACUUUGUCGUCGCCGUACCCCCUGACGAGUGUGUGGCUGGCCUUGAUCUCGUUUCUAAUGCCACCACGCUGCUCCUUCUCGACCAGUUUAUGAGAACCGAACCUGCAGACUUGCACAUGAGUUUUUCAUGUUUGGACAAGGAUGCUGCGACCAUGGUUUUGCCCAGCGGGAUUCUCUUCAUUUGUGUCCUUGUGGCAGCCAUCUUUGUCACACUCCAAUAUUAA